GACCCGGGCACCAGGGGAAGGGCGGUGCACCCCGGAGCCCGCGCUCCGGAAGUGAAGCGUCCAGACCACCGGUUAAAUGGAUGCGCGGCGGCGGGUCCGCUGACCGCUCUGCGCGCCACGCAGUCAUUUCCGCCCUGCCGUGCUCCUGAGUGGAAGGUCACGCCCCGCUGUUGACUAGGGAGAAACCAGGAGAUGGUGGGGGAAGCCUGAGAACUUCAUGAAGAAAAGCGGUGGUGGUGACAGGAUUACGGACCUACCGGGCCACCGCUGUCGCGACUGAGACGCACCCUUCCACCUCGGGGCGGGGCGGGGGGGGGGCAUCCAUCCAUCCACCAUCUGGUACCCAGCGGUAGGUCUGAAAUCUGAACUGGAAGAGCUCAGUUCUUGCCACUGGCCAGAAACAAGGUACUGGUGUGUUUGUCUGUGGAGUGACCCGGGGGCCGGGGCUAAGCGCAGGAGCCCAUCCCAGAUACGGUCACUGCUCAGUCGGUGAGGACCUGCACCCCGGCUGCGCGCUUCUAGAGUGACAGGGCUCCGGAUUUAGGGCCAUGGCGGUGGCACUGUUGGAGGACUGGUGCAGGAUCAUGAGUGUGGAUGACCAGAAGUCUCUGAUGGUGAUGGGCAUACCAGUGGACUGUGGUGAGGCCGAGAUCCAGGCCGUCUUACAGGAGGCACUGAAGGGUGUGGUCAGCUACAGGCAGCUGGGCAAGAUACUCCGGAAGCAGGACAACAGCAGUGCUGUCUUAUUAGAGCUGCUGGAGGACACGGAUGUCUCGGCGAUCCCCAGUGAGGUGCAGGGAAAGGGGGGUGUCUGGAAAGUGAUCUUUAAAACCCCUAACCAGAACACUGAGUUUCUUGAAAGACUGAACCUCUUUCUAGAAAAAGAGGGGCAGACCAUCUCGGGGAUGUUGCGAGCCCUUGGGCACGAAGGAGUGACUCCAAACUCCACGCCCUGUCUGUCCCCGGAGUUAAUGGCCCACUUGGUGGUGCAGGCGAUGGCCAACGCCCCGCGGCCUCUGAUGCCCCUGAGGUACCGCAAGCUAAGAGUGUUCUCCGGGAGCACCGCACCUGCCCCGGAGGAGGAGCCCUUUGAGGUCUGGUUGGAACAGGCUAUUGAGAUAGCCACGGAGUGGCCGAUCCCUGAAGCAGAAAAGAAAAGGUGGCUCAUGGACAGCCUGCGUGGCCCUGCCCUGGACCUCAUGCGCAUACUGCAGUCGGACAAUCCCUCCAUCAGCGUGCCCGAGUGUCUAGAGGCCUUCCAGCAGGUGUUUGGGAGCCUGGAGAGCCGCAGGACCUCGCAGGUGAGGUGCCUGAAGACCUAUCAGGAGGAGGGAGAGAAGGUGUCGGCCUACGUGCUUCGGCUGGAAACCCUGCUCCGGCGAGCCGUGGAGAAACGGGCCAUCCCCAGGAACAUCGCCGACCAGGUGCGGCUGGAGCAGGUCAUGGCCGGGGCCAACCUCGCCGAGGUGCUGUGGUGCCGGCUGAGGGAGCUGAAGGAUCAGCGCCCGCCUCCCACCUUCCUGGAGCUGAUGAAGGUGAUCCGGGAAGAGGAGGAGGAAGAAGCCGCCUUUGAACGUGAGAACAGAGAGGAGCCAGAAGACAGGGAGGGCAACUGAGCACCAGCUGGGAGACCGCCCCCCCCCCCCCCCCCGCCACCACCCACGCACUCCCGCGGGGCCUGGGGACAUCCCCUUGACCAGGCUAAGCCAUCUACCGUGCAUUUUUCUUUAGUGUAUAGAAUUGAAAUUAGGGCACCGUAGCCAAGUCUCUGUGUGCAUGCGUGCAUGUGAUAGGGUUUCACUCUGUAGCCCAAACUGGCCUUGAACUUGCAAUCCUACCUCCCGAGUGCUGGGAUUACAGGGGUGUCCAGCCAGUAGAGAGCCCGGUCUGUUUUUCUUUCUAAGACAAAAAUACCUGUAGAUGUGUAGACUCUAAAGAGAUUGUUAAUAAAUAACAGGUUAAUCUACAAAAAUACCCCCAAGCACAUCAUAGUUUACCCAAACCAAAAAAAGGAUGAAUUGGUAAUAGGAGGGAGAAUAAAAAGGUUCUAGGAGCUGGGGCGAGGGCUGAGCAGUUAAAGGCCCUUGCUUGAGAGUGGGCCUUCGAGAACUCGCAAACUUGAUAUCCGAAGCCCACGUAAAGCCUGGUGCAAAGGGGCAGCAUCCCAAUGCAUGCACGGCCGCGGGAGGAGCCGCUAGGAAAGUCUGCUAGGUCUCCAGCCGUAGCAGGGACAGCAGAAGCAGAGAGGAGACUCCCAGAGGUUGGCCUCUGGCCUCCACAUGAGCACUGCACCCAUAUAUACACACACAAAUAAUACUAAAAAUAGUGGGAAAAAAAAAUAAA